AUGGGAAUUGGAAGAGUAUUGGUACAGCCAGAAAAUGAAAAUAUUUUACUCUCCUACUAUUGCUGCUAUUCUGAAGCUUUAUUCCAUACCGGUGAAAAAGAAUUGGCUAUCGAUUACGCGGAAAGAGCAGUCAAUUUGGCAAAAGAAGAAGCUGUAGAUCCUUCUGUGCGUGAAUAUGUCAGUGAUUUUGCAAAACAAAUUAGAAGAGAUGUUUCACGUUCAAAACGAAGUGAAAAUUCGUUGUUAAAAUGGACUUUUUAG